AUGGCAGAAGUGCGGGCCGCCACCCAAUCUCCUUCAAGGUCCCCUCCCCCUCCCCAGUCCCCGGAAGCCGGAGCCAGAGAAUCUGGAGCAAGAGAAUCGGUAGCCCGGGAAGCCGGACCCUCAGAGGCCGUAACUCAAGAAGCCGGACCCCAAGAAGCUGGGAGCCCUGAGACUGGACCUCAAGAAACUGCAUCGCCUGCCGUCAACCAUACUCCCCAGCCGAACAUCGAGGCUCAAGAUGAUGAAGACGAUGGAGACGAAGGGGACGGCUAUGAAACUGCUUCCAACACAAGUACUAACGACACCUCCUCGCUAGCCUCGAGCAUUCGAGACUACAAUUUCGAAAACAAGCGGCGUUACCACAAGUUCAAAGAAGGACGCUACGCGUUCCCCAACGACGAUGCCGAGCAAGAACGGGAGGACAUGAAGCAUGCCAUGGUCGUCACUCUGUGUGGCGGGACACUACACAGCGCCCCAUUGGAAAACCCUCACAAGAUUCUGGAUAUUGGCACCGGAACCGGUAUAUGGGCCAUUGACAUGGGCGACGAAUACCCAGAAGCCGAAGUCACCGGCAUCGACCUCAGCCCGAUUCAACCUGCCUAUGUCCCGGUAAACGUCUCUUUCGUAGUCGAUGACGCCGAAGCGGAGUGGCUGUAUUCGGACGAUUCGAUCGAUUACAUCCACAUACGCAACAUGGGCGCCGCAAUCAAAGACUGGGACAAGCUCCUCGCUCAGGCAUACAGGUGUCUUAAGCCAGGCGGCUGGAUUGAACUCCAAGAGAUGAAGUGGAAUUUUAACUGUGACGAUGAAACAAUGCCUCCCACAUACGCCGUUACCAAGAUGAUGAAACACAUAUGGGAGGGUCUCAACAAGUUCGGCAUCGAGGCGGACGUUGCAGACACCAACCCCCAACGCUUGAAGGAUGCUGGUUUCGUAAACCAGGUUCAUGACGUUCAAAAGGUGCCAGUUGGCGAAUGGCCCAAGAGAGAAGACCUCAGAAUGAUCGGCGCGUACUGCAAGGCCGUUAUCUACGAUGGACUACACGGAAUCACUGUUGGACCUCUGACGAGGGGCUUAGGGUGGUCUUCUGAAGAAGUCGAGGUAUUCCUGAUUGAUGUGCGGAAGGAUCUCCUUAACACGUCUAUCCACUCGUACGUGUUUUAUCAUAGUCUUGCGGGCCAGAAGCCUCUGAAAGACUGA